ACUGCUCCCUUAGCAAAUGACCUCAGUUGUUUAUAUUGAUGUGUUAAGUCGUAAGAACGAUUGUCAAUAGGUUUUAAAGAGAUAUUAUUUUAAAGUUUGUGCAAUGUUUGGAUAAAUAUGUGUUUAAAUGAUAUCAAAUAAGUGUUUAAGAGUAUCAUUCUUUCAAAAUGAUCUGACUCAAACAAGGAAGUAAUUUACUUCAAAAUAUAAUUGAUACAUGACCUCAUAUGACGAUAUAGUGAAUAUAAUAAUUGACAAAUAAUCAUCACUUCAUCCCACAAAUCAAAUUUGCGCACUAAGGAACGUUUUGACUUCAAUUAUUUUAUCUUAAACUGCAUUAGCAAGUACCAUGGCAUCAACACAGAUUCAGUGUGAAAUGUGCUGUAACGAAAAAGCAGUUGGAUAUUGCACAACCUGUGGAAACGUUGGAGAAACUUGUAUAAAACUUCACAAGACAGUAAAGGUGUUUCAAACUCACAUGGUCAGUAUGAAUGAUGAAAAAAACGGUAACUCAAAGGUCACUAAGCGGGACAUCACCGAAGAGAGAUGUAAGCAGCAUCCGACAGAGAGAACUAUAUUUCUUUGUAAAAUUCAUGAUUCCAUGCUUUGUAGCAGAUGCUUUCAUUCGGAACAUCUUUCUUGCUUUAAAGAGGUCGUUGACUUGCUGCAUGAAGAUAUAAACAUUGAUUGCGAUAAAGUCAUCACGAUGAAGUCACUGUUCAAUGAGCUAAAAGCUGAAAUUCUGUUUUUAAAAGACGAAGCAGAACAUAGGCAGGAUAGCUACAAGAAUAAUGCUGACACAUGCGUGGAAAAGUGUAUGGAAUUGGGAAAUAGAAUAAAACAUCGUGUAGAUGAUUUGACAAGAAACUUUAAAGACGGAAUAAGAGAGAUAUAUAAAGAAAAUGUGAACACCUAUUCACAUAUAACUAAGACGUGUGAUGAGAAAACCAAGUGGUGUGAAAAUGAAGAAAGUAAAAUUGAUGAUUUCGUUGACAAUAAAAUGGCUGGGCGCUUGUACCUCGCGAGUAGACAUUUUGAGAAAGAGGUAUCGGACGCUAGAUUCCACCUCAAAGAAAUCAAACGCAAACACACGUUUAAAGGGAUUGAAUUUAAAGAAAACAAAGUAAUUCUAAAAUGUGUGUUUGAGGACUUGGAAGAAGUUUGUGAACAACACGAAGAAAAUACAGGAAGCGACGAUGUACAUGCCAACGACGUUGUCGCAUUCAUAACAGAAAUUAACAAAACACGGAGAGAGCUCAUUGCAUUGUUGAAAAAGGCAAGAAAUGAAUUAGACGAAUCAGAAAAGGCUAGACUGUCACUGCGUGAUGAGCUGAAACAAGUGAAACAAGACCUGGAUAAAUCAGAAAAGACAAGACAGUCACUGUGUGGUGAGCUGAAACAAGUCAAACAAGACCUGGAUAAAUCAGAAAAGGCACGACUGGUUCUCGAGGCGGAGUUAAAAGGAACUAAAGAAGACUUGAAUCAAGUUGAAAGGGAAAGAGCAAUAUUCCAGGCGAAGUUUCCACACGUUAAGGAACACUUGAAUUGGACUCAACCCAAUGGAACAGUUGAAGUCAAGACCAGCAUAGAAUACGGAGAGCGUAUCAUCGUGUUGGAUUUUACAUUCCCGGAUGGCAUACAGAUGAUGCACCAUCCGUCCCCGGGAAACCCGAUAACAGGCUGCACGUUCAAAGGACGCUUGAGGUUGAACUAUGAGGGCGAGCUGCUAUGUAGAAUGUUAAAGGCAGCAUUUAGGAGAGGGUUGAUGUUCAUGUUGGGGAAGGAAGGAAAAGUUGUUUUGAAUGGCGUCUCAUUGUAUGAUGAUUCAGUGUAUACUCACGGAGGGCGGUGUCGUUAUUCUCAAUACAAACAGUCGUUGGAAGUGGUGCUUGCAUCCAAAGGCAUCACAGCGGCGAACGUAGUUGAGACGGGCAGGCUGGAAGAGACUUUCGCUGUUGAUGCUGCACGCAGUUCGUAAGUACGAUGAUAGCUGAGUUUGCAGACUAGUUAAUAACAGAGGCGAAUGCAGAACUUGAAUAUUGAAAAGAGAUGUUCACGGUCGUCUGUCUGUUGUUCGAGGUCGUAUGUAGUGGAUUUUUUUUCAAAUACUUGGUUUUGAAAUAGUUUAAAUGAAUAUUAAUCCAUUACGUGUGUAACCUAGAAUAAUUUAUAAAAAUAUUUUGAUUUGUGUGAAUUGUUUCUAGGGUGAUUUAACUGUUUCUGUGGUGAUAUUAUUUUUGUUAAAAGUGUUUAGUGCAUGUAAGGUCAAAAAUUGUUGAUUGUACGUUUUGUGUAUCUAGUGUAUUUUAGGACCUAGCCGUUUGCCUAUUCAGAGUUUUUGUUCAAUUGUGUGACCAUAAGACUUGGCCCUGAAGUUUGCAUUGUAUUAGUACAAUUAGAUAAAGAGAGAUUUCGUGUUAAAGUGAAACUUGUGGUAGCAUUACACUAGAUGAAAAGUUGUUGAUUUGUUACGUUACAAACAAGCUAAGGACAAUCAUAUUAUAAGUAUCAACAUUUUCAAAGAUAUUUAUUGAACAAUGUGUUUUAUGUAUACAUAAUUUGUUAUACUAUAUGCAGUGCAUGUAUUAAUUUGUAUAUGACUUUAAACAGAACGUCAAUUCUCUAGGAACGAUGUUUUUACAUUAGCAAACAUAAACUACUUUUUACUUCAGAUGUAAUUCACCUAAACUGAGAUUUUGAUGUACUAUAGUUUUAUCAUCUAUGUCAACUCGUAAUACUGUAAUAAACAUUUCGUUAGGUGAUACUAGUAACUAGUUGCGAGGUUAAUAUAGCGUGACAAACUAGUUUAUAGAAAACAAACGUACUGCUAUGCAGUUAAAAUUUUAUAUUGUCUUAUCUGAUCUUACAAUGUACAAUUUUGUUUUCGAAGCGCUGCCAGAAACCGUUUCUUUGCAAAACUUAAUGUUAAUUGUAAAAAUGCUUUGUAUUACGUGUUAUUAUAUAUUUUCUUUUUUUAAAAAGUACAUCAUGAAAAUCAGAAAAUAUAGAUUGCUAUACAUGCUUUGGUGACAACUUGACCUUGAAUUGUCAUAACCCCUACUUGUUUUAAAGAUAUAUAAAGCUUUUUUAAGAUGACCAAUGUCAGGUUAGCUAUUAUGUUUUCAGUAAAUAUAUUAAUCCAAAUGACUUUUUGAACUCUACCGGCAUGGGUUCGCUCUCCACUGUCACCAGGAUUUUUUUCUUAAAAUUGUUAGU